AUGGACUGUAGCCCACCAGGCUCCUCGGUCCGUGGAUUCCCAGGCAGGAAUACUGAAGUGGCUUACCAUUUCCUACUCCUAGGGAUCUUCCUGGACCAGGGAUCUGUUUUCCACAGAGUAUCAAUAGCGUGUAUGUGUCAGUCCCAUCUCCCAUUUCAUCCUGUCACCGUCCCUCCCCACCGUGGCAUCCAUACGGUUGCUCACUACAAUCUGUGUCUCCAUUUCUUCGACUGUGUGUCUGUAGUGGGUCAGGUCUGUGAAUUACAGGCCAUUGAGCAGCUUGCCUGGCCUCUGCCCACUAGAUCCAGAGGUUCCUCCCAGUUCUGA